AUGACCAAGAAAAUCCGCGGGUGGAAGAAUGCCGAAGACAAAUGCUUCAUGCCAAGCUACGAAGACAAGGAUUUACAAGGCGCCACACAUAAACAGAUCCAGCAGGAAUACUAUGAGUACAAGGAGUCCAACGGUAUCGCUCCGGGACUUGACACUGGUGUGUCUCUGGUUGUCGAUUCAGUUGCCAUGGACUCUAUGGCAACCGACCUGCCGUGGGUGUAUGUAUUGGAUGUAUCGUUUGAUCAUGGAAGUCAGGUCGAAGAAGGAGAAUAUCCAGGCUACUUCCGAGUUGCUCUGGAGUCACUUCUAAUGGAUCUUUACCCGCUGCUCGAAAUUAUGCCGUUCCACGAACUUUAG